AAAAUCUUUUGUGGUAUCCCAGGGAUAUAUAUAUGUAAGCUUGUGAGGCGGAAAAAUACUCGCUGUUCGUCUGCAGAGACAUCAGUUUCGCCGCUAGCGCGUUGCACAAGGUCAUUAUGCUAUUGAAGUUUCUUCUAGUUUGCGCGGCUGUUUGCGAUGCGUCUCACAAUUUCUCUAUACCAAAUGUUGCAGCUUCUUUCUACAGCACACCCACACCAUUCAAGAUCAAUGUAGAUCCCAAAUUCAUUGAAGACACACGACGUCGGGUUGAAAUAACAAGAGCUCCUAUUACUAUUGGCGAUGUAGAUGACGGUCCGACACUCGACAAUUUCACCGUCAUUCGAGAUUACUGGGUUCAUGAAUACAACUGGGAAAAAACUCAAGGAUCUAUAAACCAGAGGCUUAAGCAGUUUACAACUAUUGUAGAAGUUGCAGAUGAUAACACCACAAUUCCAGUGCCAUUGCACUAUGUUCACCAUCUUUCGCCCAGAGAUGAUGCAAUUCCUCUUCUCUUCAUUCACGGGUGGCCAGGUUCUUUUCUUGAGGUCAUGAAUAUCAUUGAUCAGCUGACGAGUCCUCCAAACGCAUCUCUACCUGCAUUUCACGUUGUUGCUCCAUCAAUUCCAGGAUUUGGCUUUUCGCCUGCUCCUCAACAUGCCGGUUUUGGUCCGGUGAAAUCUGCACAAGCUUUCAAUGCUCUAAUGCAGCAACUUGGGUAUCCCAAGUACGUUAUGCAAGGUGGAGAUUUUGGAGGCAUGAUUCUCCGCUACCAAGCGAACAUGUUUCCGAAGAAUGUUGUCACUGCGCUCAGCAAUUUCUGGGUUCUCAUGCCUUCAGAAUAUGACCUUCAUAAUCUCAUGGUAGGAUUAUCAAGCGAUGAGGAGACAUUCUACAUCACCAGAUCAGAGGGAUUUGUCAAUAAUGAUAACGGAUUCCGGAUGAUCCAGCAAACAAAGCCUCUUACCGCGGCCUACGCUCUCACUGAUUCUCCAUUGGGGAAUGCUCUAUGGGUAUAUUCCAUUAUGGAAAUAAUUGUUGACCCCACAGAUUUUGCUUGGACGCCUGAUGAAAUCAUCACUUGGUCACUGAUGUAUUAUAUACAGGGCCCUUAUGGUGGCAUGCGUAUGUAUAAAGAGAUGUUAAAUGAUGGGGCAUUCUCUAGCGUUGCUUUUGCAGAUCUUCCAAUAGUGUCGCAACCUGUGGCAAUUAGCCAAUUUCCUUACGAUCUUGCAUACGGUCUACCAAUCGAUUGGGCAAGGCGAGGCGGAAACGUUGUGAAAUGCUUUGUUCAUGACCAUGGCGGCCAUUUUGCUUCAUAUGAGGUUCCUGAUCUUUUGCUUAACGAUAUCUGGAGCUGGUUCGGAGAUAAAGAAAAUUCAGGAACGGGCAUCUUUGAUUAAGAUAUUACUGCGCUUAUAGGAAGCAUAGAGGUAUUUUCCCAUUGUUUAUAAUGCGGGAACUUGCUAUGUAUAUAGCAUUUAAGCAGGUGUAUUUAAUAUUUAAAAAGUAGAAUUUAUAUUAUUACAAUAGAUAUAUACCCACCUAGGUAUUGUUAAAUAUUAAGGUAACUUGAAGUAUAUAUAUAUACAAG